AGUGUGGAAGCAUCUGAAGUACCACCGUUCGGUCGUGUUUUUGGUUCCAAGGAUAUCUCUGAAGUUCAUGUUUUCCAAGAGGCUUUUAACAAAGAAUUUUAAAUUCUUGCGCACUUUCGGCAAAAGGAAAGACAAAUCCUGUGAAUAGAAGUGCGAUUGUUGAGUGAAGCUGGUUUACUGAAUUUUCACGUACUAUACACACGUCUGUGAAAUCGUAAGGAUCAGAUUAAAGUGACAAAGCACAAAGUGGUUGUUAUUGUUAUCCUGGGUGUUGUGCUUCUUUUGUGAGGUGUUUGCAUAUGUGAUAAAAGACAAUUUUACCGGCUUUAUCGUGGUUGUACGAGUAUAGUACGAUUCUGAAGACUUAUUCAAAUGGGGCCAUCGGCAAGAACGAAUAAUUGAGACCAACAAAAAGAGGUCCAUUAGAUGUGAAGCUUCCUGCGAAUGACGCAAAGUCAACUCCUGGAAAUAAGCGACCAAGUUAUCCUGGAGAUGUCAUACUAAUUCCCUGGCGGAUUCUUCUUAACAAAAUUUUGGUCAGAAAAUUGUCACUUUGUGUCCCAGCAUUCAAGUGCAAAAAUCCUACGAAACAGGAAAGCAAAAAAGUUGAAUAAUUACACGACAGACUAGUCACGAGGAAGAAAUCUGAAAGGAUGCCAGGGCCAUGUCAACGGCUUCGUUUGCCCUCGUUGGCAAGCGUUAUCAGAACACCCCGUCCAGACUACAGUACUUUGCGGAUAGAGAAGCAUAGGGUGGUGGUGAUGGGAGCAGCGAAAGUUGGAAAGUCCUGCAUAAUUUCACAGUUUCUCUACGACAAAUAUAUUUCACGAUAUCGGCAAACCAUAGAGGAAUUGCAUCGCGGAGAAUACGAGUUACCAGAUGGAGCAUCCCUCACCUUAGAUAUCUUGGAUACGUCGGGGUCGUUUGAAUUUCCAGCUAUGAGGGCGCUUUCUAUAUCGACAGCCGGUGCUUUUAUCUUGGUGUUCGCAGUGGAUGAUGAGGACUCGUGGAACGAAGUUUCGAGACUUAGAAAACAAAUUGUGGACUCGAGAGGCUUUAAAGCACCGAUAGUAAUUGUUGGAAAUAAAGUCGACACAUCCUCACGGAAACUGAAACAAGAAGUUACAGAGAGUAUUGCAACGAUCGACUGGAAGUGCGGCUACGUUGAAUGCUCAGCAAAGGACAAUGUCGGUAUAAUCGAGGUGUUCAAGGAGCUCUUAGUCCAGUCAAAUAUCCACUACAACUUGAGUCCAGCUGUGCGAAGGCGGCGGCAGUCCUUGCCAAAUUAUUCGACCCAAUCACAAACUCACAAUAAAUUCAGUAUAACGAAACAAACAUUAAAACGACAUUCCUGUACAGUUGCUUAAUUU